CAGUAUAAAGGCGGCCACCGCAACCGUCUGUUAUCAGUGUACUGACCCCAACCGCAACAGCAACAUGAAGCUCAUUGCUCUGAUUCUAUCCGUCGCAUCUCUCCUUUGCGCCGCUUUGGCCUCUCCGACAUUGCACCAUGGCCACGGCUUUGAAGGACACGGCCACGGCUUUGAAGAGCACGGCUUCGGAGGACAUGGUCACGGUUUUGGACACGGUCACAGCCAUGAGCAUGGUUUCGGAGGCCACGGUUUUGGAGGCCACGGACAUGGGCACGGUUUCGGAGGCCAUGGACAUGGGCACGGUUUCGGAGGCCACGGUUUCGGAGGCCAUGGACAUGGGCACGGUUUCGGAGGCCACGGACAUGGGCAUGGUUUCGGAGGCCACGGACAUGGGCACGGUUUCGGAGGUCACGGUCAUCAUGGUUUUGGAGGACAUGGCAGUCAUGAACAUCAUGGCUGGCAUCACUGAUUGAAUUUGACUGUCUCCAAUUGUGAUUUAUUUAAUGAUACAUGCACUGAUAGUAAACACUCCAGGAGGCUCGGAUAGCAUGUCUCUUUUAGUUUUUAUCUUCAGCUCUAUGCGACAUUAAAGACUCAAAAUUUCUCGCACCACUUCUACUCCACUUCUCCUCACUUUCAGUAAGUUACUUCAUAUAACGAUCACUGAUCAUUCUAAAGCAAAGACGGUGAGUAAAAUUCACUAAAAAAUUUUUUGGGGAUCGUUUGACUGAACAUUUUCAUUGCCAAUACAUCUUUAUACGAGCAGUUGCAAAAAUAAUAUUCAAUUCUUGCAUUCUAUUGUUUCCUAUACAUAAUUGACGGUUAGUAUUUCAAUCAAAUUCAAUAGCAUUCAGCGCACUAGUACUUCUGAGGAAGAAUUUCCUUUAUUCCAUCGGAGUGAUAACGCACUCGAAUAAAUUAAUAAUAUGAAGAAAUUCAA